AUGAUGCCAUUAGAAGCGACAGCUCGUCGCAACGAUUAUCUCUUUGUGAUGCCGCGCUUGUGUUUCUGUACCGGCGCCGCGUCACUACUGGCUUGCAGUGAACUCGAGCUAGGCAACAGUAAUGAUGCCAUUAGAAGCGACAGCUCGCCGCAACGAUUAUCUCUUUGUGAUGCCGCGCUUGUGUUUCUGUACCGGCGCCGCGUCACUACUGGCUUGCAGUGA